CCACCCGCCGACGCUGCAGCCGCUUGGGGUCCGCAUGGACCCUCUGCCUGAGUAUAGAAUGAGCCAAGGGGAUUCAAACCCAGCAGCUAUUCCACAUGCAGCAGAAGAUAUUCAAGGAGAUGACAGAUGGAUGUCUCAGCACAACAGAUUUGUCCUGGACUGUGAAGACAAAGAGCCUGAUGUACUGUUUGUGGGGGAUUCCAUGGUGCAGUUAAUGCAGCAAUAUGAGAUAUGGCGAGAGCUUUUUUCCCCACUUCAUGCACUGAAUUUUGGAAUUGGGGGAAAUACAACAAGACAUGUUUUGUGGAGACUAAAGAGAGAACUGGAGAAUAUUAAACCUAAGGUCAUUGUUGUCUGGGUAGGAACAAACAACCAUGAAAAUACGGCAGAAGAAGUAGCAGGUGGAAUCGAGGCCAUCAUCCAACUUAUUAACACAAGGCAGCCACAGGCCAAAAUCAUUGUAUUGGGUUUGUUACCUCGAGGUGAGAAGCCCAACCCGUUGAGGCAAAAGAAUGCCAAGGUGAACCAGCUCCUCAAGGUUGCCCUGCCGAAGCUCACCAACGUCCAGCUCCUGGACACAGACGGGGGCUUCGUGCACUCGGACGGUGCCAUCUCCUGCCACGACAUGUUUGAUUUUCUGCACCUCACGGGAGGGGGCUACGCCAAGAUCUGCAAACCCCUGCAUGAACUGAUCAUGCAGUUGUUGGAGGAGACCCCUGAGGAGAAACAAACCACCAUCGCCUGACUGGCUCCCAUCAGUGUUACUUGCACCCCAGCUUCCUCAGAUCAGUUAUAUCACUGGCACUACAGAAUCCUUCUCUUUCCUAAGGCACUUUGCAUUGUAGAAUGUUCCUGGAUGUUCAUAUCUAGUGUUUGAAGGGGAGGAGGGAUUUAAACUGGUCCUGUACAUAGAAGGUUGGUUUGACACAGGAGACAAAUUAGCCAAGGAAGAUUGUUGUUUAAAUUCGUUUGAAACCAGAAGGGGACUUUUUAGUUGUAUGUGUGGCACACUCAUUGAAUUAUCACAGUUUUUCCUAGGACAACAUCGAGACUAAGGACGGAACAAAAUGAAGAUUUUUUUUUUCAUGGCCUUUCUUUCUAUGGAUUAUGUCAUAUAGAGUAACGAUCAGGAUCCACACCUACUUGGCUUUAAUACAGAUGUCUUUUCCAGUUUUUAAAGUUCAUAAUUUAGCCCUUUGUUUUUAGUUUGCUUUACUCCUAUGUAUUCGCAACAUUUUCUUAACAUACAGCAUCAGAUUGAACGUGCUUGUGAUUCAGAUAUGGGAGAUGCUAUGGUUA